CCGUGAGUAUUCUCGUUUAUAUAUGCGUAAACUCCGAGCAAAAAAAAAAGGUUUAACAAGUAAAACCCCAGAGUUAAACCCUGUUAAACCCGCAAAUGUUAAACCGCAAGUUAAACCUGAAUCAUGCCCUCAUUGCCGCACCUUGGCCGAAGUCCAACAAGCCUACGAAAAUUUACAACAACAAAUCGAAGCGGCCAAAGAAAAACGACGGGAACAAUGA